AUGCGUCGUGAUUAUUACAGGUACAGUACCAGUCUGUACAGUGCCAGAGGAUAUGGACGGUUUUCGGAAAAGUGGGAUAUUGAAGUGGCCAGGCGUUUCAUGCGCCGAAUGGAGCAAGCAGAUGCCAAUGACAACACUGUUCUUGUUAGGAGGAAGACGCCCAAGCAGUUGCAAGACCACUACGAUGACUUCAUUGCAAAGAUCAGGCGUACUCAUUUAGUUUCGGCAAAUGACCCAGCCAUGAACGAGCUAGAUGCAACACUUCGAAACAAUCGCAGAAACCGUCAACCAACGCAACAAGCAGAGAUCGUUCAAGGCAUCCAAUACAACCAAAUGUUUGGCGGACAGACACCUUUCGGAACCCCAACGGCAUUGAAUACCAACAUCGCGGCCAGUGGUAUGGUUAAUGCACCGCGUGCAAGCCAACAGAUGGCCCCAUUUGCACUUCGCACGGUUAAUCCCAACCAAAUCGCAAGGCCCACUACUAUGAAUCCAGUCGGUCCGAACUACCGCCGCAACAAGUACUGCGUUAAGUGUGGAUACUCCAAGAGGCUUCACGGGCAGCUCAAGCAUGUCUUUGGUUUUGGAUGCGACAGCAACUGUGGCCAUGAGCAAUGCUCCAAGUGCGGUGAGCGGGUGGAACUUCACAACAACCCACAGCGAGUCGGUCCAUACUGCCACAAGGCAGCCUUUGCCGGCAGCUCUUUCUAUGAUUGGUACAAGGAGCCAGUGGAGAACUAA